CCAACCAACCUUCUCCUCCCCCCAAAAUCGUCGCCUCUUAUCCCCUUCCUUCGAUUCUCUUCCAUUCCAUUCCCAACCAUGGCCUCCUCCAUCGCCAUGUCCCUCCGCUCCCUCGCCGCCACCGACGCCUUCCUCCCCAAGCCCUCCCCCUCCUCCGCCCCAUUCCUCCUCCUCCUCUCCCCGUCCACCCCGCGCCUCCGCCUCCACCUCCACCUCCGCUCCACCCGCCGCCUCCCGCUCGCGCCGCUCGCCGCGUCCGACUCCUUCGAAUCCGCUUCGUCCUCCUCCGCCGCCGCGCUCGACUUCGCUGAGCCAGGUGCCGCCGAGGAGUCCGACGUGCCGGAGGAGUCUGACCAGGAAGAGGAGGGGUACGCGCCGGAGGCCGAGGAGGAGGCGGAGGCGGAUGAGGAGGUGGAGGAGGAAGCCGUCGAGGCCUCCGCGGAAGUUGCGGAGGAGGCCGAGGACGUAGAGGAGGUCGGCGAGUACGUGGAGCCGCCCGAGGAGGCCAAGGUCUACGUCGGGAACCUACCCUACGACAUCGACAGCGAGCGCCUCGCCCAGCUCUUCGAACAGGCCGGCAUCGUCGAGGUCUCCGAGGUCAUCUACAACAGAGAAACAGAUCGGAGUCGUGGAUUUGGAUUUGUCACCAUGAGCACCGUUGAGGAGGCUGAGAAGGCUGUGGAGAUGUUCCAUCGCUACGAUGUUGAUGGGAGGCUUCUGACUGUAAACAAGGCAGCUCCUAGAGGCGCUCGGGUGGAAAGACCUCCCCGUCAGUUUGGGCCUUCUUUCAGGAUUUAUGUGGGCAAUCUCCCUUGGCAAGUGGAUGACUCUAGGUUGGUACAGCUGUUCAGCGAGCAUGGCAAAGUAGUCGACGCCAGAGUUGUGUAUGACAGAGAAACUGGGCGUUCACGAGGAUUUGGUUUUGUAACAAUGGCGACACAGGAAGAAUUGGACGACGCUAUUGCAGCCCUCGAUGGACAGAGUUUGGAUGGCCGUGCGCUGAGAGUGAAUGUUGCAGAGGAGCGACCACCGCGCCGAGGCUUUUAAUGGGAUAGCAGGCUUUGUGGGGGUUUAACAGCAUCGGAGGCAUCAUAGCACGUCUGAUACUGGUUUAGUCCCUCAAAUAGUAGCUUUCUUGCGAUUCUUGGUUCUGUAUCCUCCCAAGUCCUUUCUCAUGCCUGCUGUUUACUGCUCCUUUCUUGUUAACUGUUGGUUGUGGCCACGAGUUGAUGCACGUAGGCUACUGUUAUGAUGCCCCUCUACCCCAAUUUGUCGAUGCAUCCAAAAGUUUUGUCUAACAUUUAUCUAUUUAAGCAAAAGAAGAGCAUGGUGUGUGUGGCAUUUGUGCUGUUUCUCUUGCGGAAACUGCUUAUUGGAU